GACGCACGGGCUUGAAUUAACUGGCUCACGGUAUCGGUCAAGCGUGAGCAAGGGAGCAUGCCAGCCUCUCAAGAGGCCACUUGACCUCGUAGAGGAGCGCCACGAAACAGUUCUCCAAACCGUAUAUAAGACGUGCUACGGACACCGAUGAGCUAUCAGUGUCCCACAGCACAACCAUGACCACUCCUAUCCCUUCACCACCGUCCAUCCCGUUCUUGGGUCAUGCGACGAUGAUCGACCGCGAGGUGGCGAUUCACUCCUACCAUCUCCUUGCCAAGCAGUACGGCGAGAUUUACCAGCUCAAUUUACUCGGUAACAAGAUUAUCGUCGUUUGCACCCAGGAACUUCUGCACGAGGUGUCAGAUGAGAAGCGGUUCCACAAGACUUCACGUGCGGCACUAGACCAAGUGCGUAACGCCGUUGGCGAUGGUUUGUUUACGGCUCAUGUUCCACAAGAGCAAAACUGGUACCUCGCUCAUCGCAUCCUUAUGCCUGCGUUCAGCACGAUGAACACUCGGAACAUGUUCGACGACAUGGUGGACGUUAUCACUCAGCUUGUACAGAAAUGGGAAAGGUUCGGGCCCCGCUACAAGAUCGAUCCCGCCCAAGACUUCACCGCCCUUACCUUCGAGGCAAUCACCUUUUGUGCGAUGUCCUACCGCAUGAACAGCUUCUAUGUCGAAGGGGUGCAUCCAUUCGCUCGGGCCAUGGCCGACUUCCUCUUUGAGAGCGGCAAUCGCGCCCUCAGGCCUGGGAUCGUCCAGCCGUUCAUGCGCGGGACGAACUCGAAGUACGAGGAAGACAACAAGAUUAUGCAAAACUAUGUCAACGAUAUCUAUGAGCAGCGUAAAGCCAACCCGACGGACAAGAAAGAUAUUCUGAAUCUGAUGAUGCACGGAAAGGACAAGGAGACGGGGCAGGGUCUGUCGGAGCAGACCAUCAAGAACAACCUUCUCACCUUCCUCAUUGCCGGCCACGAGACCACCUCAGGCAUGCUUACUUUUAUCAUGUACUACCUCCUCAAGACCCCCGAGGCCAUGCGCAAGCUGCGCGAGGAGGUCGACACCAUGAUCGGGAGCCGUGCGAUGACCGUCGAUGACGUCCACAAGCUCCCCUAUCUCAUCGCGGUGAUGCGAGAGUCACUCCGUCUUGGACCUCCGGCCCCCAUGCGUGGCACGGCUCCGAGUGAAGACACGCUGCUGGGAGGGAAGUACGCGGUCAAGAAAGACGACAAUAUCUACUGUGGCAUCUACAUGAUCCAUCGCGACCCCAAGGUGUGGGGAGAGGAUGCCGAAGAGUUCCGUCCCGAGCGGAUGCUCGAUGGCAAGUUCGAGGCGCUCCCGGCUGAGGCGUGGCAGCCGUUCGGCUUCGGCAUGAGAGGCUGCAUCGGCCGGCCGUUCGCCUGGCAAGAGGCCCAGAUCACGCUCGUCUACCUCAUGCAGCGCUUCACGUUCGUCAUGCACGACCCGUCGUACGACCUGCAGCUGAAGCAGACGCUGACGAUCAAGCCGCACGACUUUUACAUCCACGCGAUCCCGCGCACGGACAAGCCGUCGAUCGUGCCCGUCCCGACGCCGUCGUCGACACUUCUGCGAGACCAGAGCGGUGUCGCUCCUCAGGCGGCGGCGCCCGGGGAUGACGGUGUGGGCAGAGAACUGUUGUAUGUGCUGUAUGGGUCGAACACGGGCACGUGUGAGGCCUUCGCGCAGAGAAUCGCGUCGGACGCUGCCGCUCAUGGUUUCAGGGCUACGAUUGGCACGCUCGACUCAGCCUCUGGUCACCUGCCAAGCGACGGCCCCGUCGUCAUCGUCACCGCAUCCUUCGAAGGCCAGCCUGCAGACAACGCCGCGCACUUCGUCUCGUGGCUCACCGCGCUCGAAGGCGCGGCGCUCGCGCGGGUUGCCUUCGCCGUCUUCGGAUGCGGCAAUAAGGACUGGGCAGGCACGUACCAGCGCGUCCCGGCACUGUGCGACGACACGCUCGCCGCGCGCGGCGGCACACGCGUCGUGCCCCGUGGUGAGGGCGACGCAGGCUCGAGCGAGCUCUUUGAGGCGUUCGAAAAGUGGGAGGCGGGGCUCUGGGAGGCGUUGCAGAAGGCUUAUGGGACGACGAAGGCGGAGGGCCUGGCGGAAGGCAUUCAAGUGCAGACGGUGGACGCUGGGACUGCAAGAGCUAGCAUCCUCCGUCAGCCUGAUACUUCGCUGGGCACUGUGCUUGAGAACAGGGUGCUCACUAGCCCUGGCGCGCCAGCGAAACGUCAUAUCGAAUUCCGGCUUCCUGAGGGACUUACCUUCCGCACUGGAGAUUACCUCGCCAUUCUUCCGACGAACCCGCAACGAGAUGUACAGCGUGCCCUUUCUCACUUUGGUCUACUUGCCGAACAAGAGAUUACUAUCUCGGCAGCUGGACCAUCCCCCUUGCCGACAGGGCGUCCUAUCAAUGUCUCGUCUCUUCUCAGCGGAUACAUCGAGCUCUCUCAACCAGCGACCACACGGGACCUGCGUGUCCUUGCCGAAGCGGCCAAAUCCGAAGAAGCAAAGACAGCUCUGAAGGGCCUGUCGGACGCCUACGCCGAGAAAGUCCAAGCCAAGCGUCUCAGCGUGCUCGACAUCCUCGAGGAGCACCCGCAGACCAACAUCUCCUUCGCGCUCUUCCUUCAGCUGCUCCCGAGCAUGCGCGUCCGGCAGUACUCGAUCUCGUCGUCGCCGCUUGCGGACCCGCAGCAGGUGUCGCUGACGAUCAGCGUGCUCGAGGCACCCGCGAUCUCAGGGCGCCGAGAGCCGUUCCUCGGCGUCGCGUCAACGUACCUCGCAGGCCUGCGCCCCGGCGACCGAGUGCAGCUCGCGGUGCGGCCGUCGAACGCGGCGUUCCACCCGCCCGCGGAUCCGAGCGUGCCGCUGGUGAUGUUCUGUGCAGGGUCCGGCCUGGCGCCGAUGCGCGGGUUCUUGCAGGAGCGUGCAGUGCAGAAGCAGUCCGGGCGGGAGGUCGCGAAGAGCAUCCUCUUCUUUGGGUGCCGGUCGCCGUCGCAAGACUUCCUGUACUCUGACAACGACCUCAAGGUGUGGAGCGAGUUGGGCAUUGUCGAUGUUCGGCCCGCGUUCUCGAGGGAUGCAGACCAUUCCGCCGAUUGCAAGUACGUUCAAGACCGUGUUUGGGCGGACCGCGCCGAUAUUGUCACUACCUGGAACGCCGGCGCGAAGAUGUACGUUUGCGGCGCAGGUCGCAUGGCCGCCGCAGUCAAGGAAAGACUGGUCAAGAUCGUGCAGGCCGAGCGAAACCUCGAACCAGCUGAAGCCGCCGAAACAUUUAACAAGAUCGUCAAGGGCAGAUUCGCCACGGAUGUCUUCGAGUAGGCAGAUACAGAGCAGUAUGGCACACAGAGAUGGCACCGCUACAAAGCUGACAAUUCUUGUUUCCUGAGAAAAAAAGUAUCGAUGCAUCCAUAACGAAUUGUACUUGUAUUACUAGCUGUUUAUCUCUCUGCUGUAGUUGUCCAAUCGAACUAUUUUGCUUCAGAGAGA